UCCAGCUUUUCUGUUUGCUGCUGUCCAGCAUUGUCGCCUUCCGGCAGGCAAGAUGUCCACUCCUAGUAUGCGGGACAUGACGGAGUUUGGGGAGGCUGCUGAGUACCUCCGGAAAAGUUAUGAGGAACUGAUGAAAUAUCACAAUAUCCCAUUUGAUGGAAAGAAGAGGGCCUGGAUCCCAGAUGAAAAGCAAGCAUAUAUUGAAGUUGAAAUAAAAGAAACCUCAGGUGGCAAAGUCACCGUAGAAACCAAAGAUAAAAAGACUGUUGUUGUUAAGGAGGAUGACAUUCAACAAAUGAAUCCUCCCAAAUUUGACAUGAUUGAAGACAUGGCCAUGUUAACUCACCUCAAUGAGGCCUCUGUGCUGCAUAACCUGAAACGGCGCUAUUCCAAAUGGAUGAUUUAUACCUAUUCAGGCUUGUUCUGUGUCACCAUAAACCCAUAUAAAUGGCUUCCAGUCUAUACUGCUCCUGUUGUAGCAGCCUAUAAGGGCAAGCGAAGGUCUGAGUCCCCACCCCACAUCUACUCCAUUGCAGACAAUGCCUACAAUGACAUGUUACGCAAUCGUGAGAACCAGUCUAUGCUCAUCACCGGAGAAUCUGGUGCUGGUAAGACUGUAAACACCAAGCGGGUCAUUCAGUACUUUGCCAUUGUCGCAGCCCUGGGUGACUCUCCGGGCAAGAAAGGACAAGCGCCCGCCACUAAAACUGGGGGUACCCUUGAAGAUCAAAUCAUUGAGGCAAACCCAGCUAUGGAAUCCUUUGGCAAUGCUAAAACCCUGAGGAAUGACAACUCAUCACGGUUUGGCAAGUUUAUCCGCAUCCAUUUUGGGCCAUCAGGGAAGCUGGCUUCUGCUGACAUUGACAUCUACUUGUUGGAAAAAUCAAGAGUGAUUUUCCAGCAGCCAGGAGAGAGGAGCUACCACAUUUACUAUCAAAUCCUUUCCGGGAAGAAGCCAGAGCUCCAAGAUAUGCUUCUGCUGUCUUCCAACCCCUAUGACUAUCACUUCUGCUCACAAGGUGUAACAACUGUGGACAAUCUGGAUGAUGGAGAAGAACUCAUGGCUACAGAUCAUGCUAUGGACAUCCUGGGCUUCAGUCCUGAGGAGAAAUAUGGCUGCUAUAAAAUAGUAGGAGCAAUCAUGCACUUUGGCAACAUGAAAUUCAAGCAGAAACAACGUGAAGAGCAGGCAGAGGCUGAAGGCACUGAAAGUGCUGAUAAAUCCUCUUACCUCAUGGGGAUCAGUUCAGGUGAUCUAAUCAAGGGACUGCUUCACCCUAGAGUGAAAGUUGGAAAUGAAUAUGUGACCAAAGGUCAGACUGUAGAUCAGGUGGUGUAUGCAGUGGGUGCCUUGGCCAAAGCAACCUAUGAUCGCAUGUUCAAGUGGUUAGUUUUUCGUAUCAACAAAACCUUGGACACUAAGCUACCCAGGCAGUUCUUCAUCGGAGUGCUGGACAUUGCUGGCUUUGAGAUCUUUGAGUUUAACAGCUUUGAACAGUUAUGUAUCAACUUCACGAAUGAGAAGCUGCAACAGUUUUUCAACCAUCACAUGUUUGUCCUGGAACAAGAAGAAUACAAGAAGGAAGGGAUCGAAUGGGUCUUCAUUGACUUUGGCCUGGACCUGCAGGCUUGUAUUGAUCUAAUUGAAAAGCCAAUGGGAAUCCUCUCCAUUCUGGAGGAAGAGUGUAUGUUCCCCAAAGCCUCUGAUAUGUCAUUCAAGGCCAAACUGUAUGACAACCAUAUUGGAAAAUCACCCAAUUUCCAGAAGCCCCGGCCAGAUAAGAAGCGCAAAUAUGAAACUCACUUUGAGUUGGUACACUACGCAGGAGUGGUGCCCUAUAACAUAAUUGGCUGGCUAGAUAAGAAUAAAGACCCCUUGAAUGAGACGGUGGUAACAGUCUUCCAAAAAUCACAAAAUAAGCUGCUGGCUGCCUUAUAUGAGAACUAUGUGAGCUCUUCUGCAGAUGAUGCACACAGGACAGGCAAAGAGAAGCGUAAGAAGGCAGCUUCAUUCCAAACGGUGUCCCAGCUACAUAAGGAAAACCUGAACAAACUGAUGACCAAUUUGCGUGCCACCCAGCCCCAUUUUGUCCGCUGCAUCAUCCCCAAUGAAACAAAGACCCCAGGAGCUAUGGACCCCUUCAUGGUGUUGCAUCAGCUGCGGUGUAACGGUGUGCUAGAAGGCAUCCGUAUCUGUAGGAAAGGGUUUCCAAACAGGAUCCUCUAUGCUGAUUUCAAGCAGCGCUACCGUAUCCUAAAUCCUGCUGCCAUUCCUGAAGACAAGUUUUUGGAUAGCAGAAAGGCCGCAGAGAAGCUGCUGAAUUCCUUGGAGCUUGACCACUCCCAGUACAAGUUCGGACACACUAAGGUGUUUUUCAAAGCAGGCUUGCUAGGUCUACUGGAGGAGAUGCGGGAUGAACGCCUCGCCAAGAUUAUCACCCUGCUGCAGGCUAGGAUGCGUGGGCGUCUAAUGCGCAUUGAGUACGGGUGGAUCAUUGGCAGAAGGGAUGCACUCUACACCAUCCAGUGGAAUAUCCGUGCUUUUAACGCUGUGAAGAACUGGUCCUGGAUGAAGCUUUUCUUCAAGAUCAAGCCUCUCCUCAAGUCAGCUCAGACAGAGAAGGAAAUGUCCAUCCUCAAAGAGGAGUUACAGAAGCUGAAGGAGGCUCUGGAGAAGUCGGAGGCUAAACGGAAGGAGCUGGAAGAGAAGCAAGUCAGCAUCAUCCAAGAGAAGAACGACCUGUCACUGCAGCUUCAAGCAGAGCAAGACAACUUGGCUGAUGCAGAGGAACGCUGUGACCUCUUGAUCAAGACCAAGAUCCAGCUGGAAGCUAAGGUGAAGGAAUUGAUGGAGCGCCUGGAGGAUGAGGAGGAGAUGAACUCCGAUCUGACCUCUAAGAAGCGAAAGCUGGAGGAUGAAUGUGCUGAGCUGAAGAAAGAUAUUGAUGACUUGGAGAUCACCCUGGCCAAGGUGGAGAAGGAAAAGCAUGCCACAGAAAACAAGGUGAAAAACCUGAUUGAAGAAAUGGCUGCUCUAGAUGAGAUCAUUGCUAAGCUGACCAAAGAAAAAAAGGCACUGCAGGAGGCGCACCAGCAAGCCCUGGAUGACCUUCAGGCUGAGGAGGACAAAGCCAACACUCUGACCAAGGCCAAAGUCAAGCUGGAACAGCAAGUGGAUGAUCUGGAAAGUGCUUUAGAGCAAGAGAAGAAGAUACGAAUGGACCUGGAAAGAGCAAAGCGCAAGCUAGAAGGCGAUUUGAAGCUGACUCAGGAAUCUGUGAUGGAUCUAGAGAAUGACAAGCAGCAGCUGGAGGAGAAACUCAAAAAGAAAGACUUUGAAAUGAACCAGCUAAAUUCAAGAAUUGAAGACGAGCAAGUCCUCGCAACUCAACUGCAGAAGAAAAUCAAAGAACUCCAGGCCCGUAUUGAGGAGCUAGAAGAGGAGCUGGAGGCAGAACGGACUGCCAGGGCCAGGGUGGAAAAGCAGCGGGCAGAGGUGGCCCAUGAGCUGGAAGAGCUGAGUGAGCGGCUGGAGGAGGCAGGUGGGGCCACCGCGUGUCAGAUAGAGCUCAACAAGAAGCGAGAAGCGGAGUUCCUGAAGCUGCGCCGGGACCUGGAAGAGGCCACGCUGCAGCACGAGUCGACGGCCGCGACCCUGCGCAAGAAGCAUGCAGACUCUGUGGCUGAACUGGGCGAGCAGAUCGACAACUUGCAGCGCGUCAAGCAGAAGCUGGAGAAGGAAAAGAGCGAGUUGAAGAUGGAGGUGGAUGAUCUGUCUUCCAACAUUGACUACCUCACCAAGAACAAGGCAAAUGCUGAAAAGCUCUGUCGGACGUAUGAAGAUCAGCUGAGCGAAACCAAAUCCAAGGUAGAUGAGCUGCAGCGUCAGCUGGCAGAAGUGAGCACCCAGCGUGGGAGACUGCAGACUGAAAAUGGAGAACUUAGCCGUCUUAUUGAAGAAAAGGAAUCUCUAAUAAACCAGCUGAGUCGGGGCAAGACCUCCUUUACUCAGACGAUUGAUGAACUCAAGAGACAGCUAGAAGAAGAGACCAAGUCAAAGAAUGCUUUGGCUCAUGCUUUGCAAGCAUCGCGCCAUGACUGCGACCUGCUGCGGGAACAGUACGAAGAGGAGGUGGAGGCCAAGGGGGAGCUCCAGCGGUCCCUGUCAAAGGCCAAUGCUGAAGUGGCCCAGUGGAGGACCAAAUACGAGACAGAUGCCAUCCAGAGGACAGAAGAGCUGGAGGAAGCUAAGAAGAAACUGGCCAUCCGGCUGCAGGAGGCCGAGGAGGCUGUGGAGGCAGCACAUGCCAAGUGCUCCUCCUUGGAGAAGACGAAGCACCGACUGCAGACAGAGAUCGAGGACCUGUCCAUCGACUUGGAGAGAGCCAACUCAGCCGCAGCCGCUUUGGACAAGAAGCAGCGCAAUUUUGACAGGAUCAUCUCUGAGUGGAAGCAGAAGUACGAGGAGACACAGGCAGAGCUGGAGUCCUCUCAGAAGGAGUCCCGCAGCCUGAGCACAGAACUCUUCAAGCUCAAGAAUGCCUAUGAGGAGUCCCUGGAGAAUCUAGAGACCCUCAAACGGGAGAACAAGAACCUGCAAGAGGAGAUCACUGACUUGACUGAUCAGAUUAGCAUGUGUGGCAAAACCAUUCAUGAGCUGGAGAAGUUGAAGAAAGGCCUGGAGAGUGAGAAGAGUGACAUCCAGGCUGCCCUAGAGGAGGCUGAGGGAGCCCUGGAACAUGAGGAGAGCAAGACCCUCCGCAUCCAGUUGGAGUUGUCCCAGAUCAAGGCUGAUGUUGAUAGGAAACUGGCAGAGAAGGAUGAAGAGUUUGAGAACUUGAGGCGUAACCACCAGAGAGCCAUGGACUCCAUGCAGGCUUCACUGGAUGCAGAAGCCAAAGCCAGAAAUGAGGCCGUCAGGUUGCGAAAGAAGAUGGAAGGAGAUCUGAAUGAGAUGGAGAUACAGCUGAGCCAUGCAAAUCGCCAGGCUGCUGAGUCUCAGAAACUGGUGCGGCAGCUCCAAGCCCAAAUAAAGGACUUGCAGAUAGAACUGGAUGACACUUUGCGUCAUAACGACGACUUGAAGGAGCAGGCGGCUGCCCUGGAAAGGCGCAACAACCUGAUGAUGGCAGAAGUGGAGGAGUUACGUGCAGCGUUGGAGCAGUCUGAGCGUGGAAGGAAGCUGGCUGAGCAGGAGUUGCUGGAGGCUACAGAGAGAGUCAAUCUGUUGCACUCCCAGAACACAGGCCUGAUUAACCAGAAGAAGAAGAUGGAGGCAGACAUCUCCCAGCUGAGCACUGAGGUAGAGGAGGCGGUGCAGGAGUGUCGGAACGCAGAAGAGAAGGCGAAGAAAGCCAUUACUGAUGCAGCCAUGAUGGCAGAGGAACUGAAGAAGGAGCAAGACACAAGUGCCCACCUCGAGCGGAUGAAGAAAAAUAUGGAACAGACCAUCAAGGAUCUGCAGAUGCGGUUGGAUGAGGCUGAGCAGAUUGCCCUGAAAGGAGGCAAGAAGCAGAUCCAGAAACUGGAAGCCAGAGUGCGAGAACUGGAGGGCGAGCUGGAUGUAGAACAGAAGAAGAAUGCGGAGACUCAGAAAGGUAUUCGCAAAUAUGAACGCAGGAUGAAAGAAUUGACUUACCAGACUGAAGAGGACAGGAAGAACCUGGUGCGGAUGCAGGAACUGAUUGACAAGCUGCAGAGCAAAGUGAAGAGCUACAAGCGCCAGUUUGAGGAGGCAGAGCAGCAAGCCAACUCCAAUCUGGUAAAAUACCGAAAGGUGCAACACGAGCUGGACGAUGCCGAGGAGCGGGCAGAUAUUGCAGAGACGCAAGUGAACAAGCUGCGGUCUCGCACUAGGGAGGUUGUGACUCUGAAGCAUGAAGAAUAAGAAGCUGCGGUGCAACAUCUCUUCUAUCAUGUCUGUCUUUGUAUAGCUGUAAAUGGCUGCAACAGCCAUUUCUGUCUUGGUAGUAAAUAAAAGCUUAAUAUUCAUGACA